UUCGUAGCUCUUUAUUUCGUUUCCAACAUCAAUGCAGUACGUUAACACACGCGGUCUUUUCAUAAUGCCAUGCUGUUCAUGCUGUGAAUGUUCGUAGGGUUUUUUCUUUUGCGUUUUAAAAAGAAAAUCUGAAACACAGAAGAUGAGUCAAGACCGGUCAACAGGAUCUCACGCGUGCAAGACUCAAAAAAGAAACAGAAGACUAGUGACUUUUUCGGCAGAUUUACAGACCUAUCCGCGGCUGAGUGGGUUUUACGCGAAAUGAGUUUUAAAAAAAAAUAAUAAAAAGCCCGGCCCCUUAAGACCAAGGCCGUCCCCCCGGAGCGCACGCCUCCGCGCCGGCCCCUCUCCUCUCCUCUGCCCCAGUCCCGGGGCCCGGCAGCCCGGUGCGUCAGCGCGUCGCGCCGCCCCUCGCCGGCGCCCGGUGCGCAGUGACCUCAGCGCCAGCCGUCAGACACAGCCGUGGAUCUCACGGAAGAUGCUGAAGAAAAGGGAAGCGGCGGAAAAAAGAUGCUAUCCAGAAGACAAUGAUGCGGCUUUUCCAACAGUUACUCAAGAUGGGGGUACUACCCCUGGACUGAGAAGCUGCUAAUGUACUCUUGGAUUUGAAACAAACUACCCAGCCAUAUUGUUGAGGUUCAUACCAUCUUGUUGCUUUCAAGAAACAGCUUCGCGGGAUUCUUGGCUUGUUGAAAGUCUACCCCACUGUGAAGAUGAGAAUAUGGUUCCGGUACUAGCAUCAAAAAAAGCCAGUGAGCUUCCGGUGAAUGAAGUAGCUUGUCUUCUACAGGCUGACUUGCAGUAUGGCUUAAGACAUGGUGAGGUCUCACGUCGCCGAGCUUACCAUGGCUGGAAUGAGUUUGACAUCAGUGAAGACGAGCCCCUGUGGAAGAAGUACAUUUCUCAGUUUAAAAACCCACUGAUCAUGCUGCUGCUGGCCUCCGCUGUCAUCAGCGUGUUAAUGCACCAGUUCGACGACGCAGUCAGCAUCACUGUGGCCAUUAUCAUUGUUGUUACAGUUGCCUUUGUACAGGAGUAUCGUUCUGAAAAAUCUUUAGAAGAACUGGGUAAAUUAGUGCCUCCCGAAUGCAACUGUGUGCGGGAAGGAUCCCUUGAGCAUCUGUUGGCCCGAGAGCUGGUCCCUGGGGACACGGUCUGUCUGUCCGUGGGAGAGAGGGUUCCUGCUGACCUGCGCCUCUUUGAGGCCGCCGACCUGUCGGUGGACGAGUCGAGCCUGACGGGGGAGACGGCGCCGUGUGCGAAGUCUACGGCGCCUCAGCCGGCUGGCGCCAACGGAGACAUCGCCUCCCGCAGCAACAUUGCCUUCAUGGGGACGCUGGUCCGGUGUGGGAAGGCCAAGGGCAUUGUCAUUGGAACGGGAGAAAACUCCGAAUUUGGUGAGGUGUUCAAGAUGAUGCAAGCUGAAGAUGCCCCCAAAACACCUUUGCAGAAAAGCAUGGAUCUUUUAGGAAAACAACUCUCCCUUUAUUCGUUUGGGAUAAUCGGAGUCAUCAUGCUUGUUGGCUGGCUCCAAGGAAAGCAUAUUCUCGAUAUGUUUACUAUCGGUGUUAGCCUCGCAGUGGCUGCUAUUCCUGAAGGCCUACCCAUCGUGGUGACCGUGACGCUGGCGCUGGGCGUGAUGAGGAUGGUGAAAAAGCGUGCCAUUGUGAAAAAGCUACCAAUUGUGGAAACACUAGGCUGCUGCAAUGUCAUCUGCUCUGACAAGACCGGAACCCUGACAAAGAAUGAGAUGACGGUCACUCACGUGUUCACCUCCGACGGGCUCCACGCCGAGGUUACUGGAGUUGGAUACAACGGUGCCGGAGAGGUGACCCUUGAUGGCGAAGUGAUCCACGGCUUUUCCCACUCCUCGAUCAGUAAGCUAGUAGAGGCUGGGUGUGUUUGCAAUGACGCUGUAAUAAGGAGCGGUACUCUGAUGGGAAGGCCGACAGAAGGAGCGCUGAUUGCUCUGGGGAUGAAGAUGGGCCUUGAAGGUGUGCGACAGGAGUAUCUCAGACAAGAAGAGCACCCUUUUACCUCGGAGCAGAAAUGGAUGGCUGUCAAGUGUGUGCAUCGGACACAGCAGGACAAACCUGGGGUUUAUUUCUUGAAAGGGGCCUAUGAACAAGUCAUACGGUACUGCACUUCUUACAACAGCAAAGGACUGGUACUGCCACUUACACAGCCGCAGAGGGAGCUCUUCCAACAGCAGAAAACCUACAUGGGCACAGCGGGGCUGAGAGUGCUGGCGUUCGCCUCUGGCGCUGAGCUCGGACAGCUGACGUUCCUGGGGCUGGUGGGCAUGAUCGACCCCCCGAGGACGGGGGUGAGGGAGGCUGUGGGCACACUCAUCAGCUCGGGAGUGGCCAUCAAAAUGAUCACCGGAGACUCCCAGGAGACCGCGGUGUCCAUCGCCAGCCGACUGGGACUGUACUCGAAAGGAUCUCAGUCUCUCUCUGGGGAAGAGGUUGACCAUAUGGACAUCCAGCAGCUGUCUCAGAUCUCUCCAAGGGUGGCAGUGUUCUAUCGAGCCAGCCCCAGACACAAGCUGAAGAUUGUGAAGUCUUUGCAGAACAUUGGAGCUGUGGUGGCCAUGACCGGAGACGGAGUCAACGACGCCGUGGCGCUCAAGGCGGCCGAUAUAGGCGUAGCCAUGGGACAGACGGGCACGGAUGUCUGCAAAGAGGCGGCCGACAUGAUCCUCGUGGAUGACGACUUCCAGACAAUUAUGUCUGCCAUUGAAGAAGGAAAAGGAAUUUACAAUAACAUCAAAAACUUUGUCCGAUUUCAAUUGAGCACGAGUAUAGCAGCACUGACUUUAAUUUCUUUGGCCACAUUAAUGAAUUUCCCUAAUCCUUUAAAUGCAAUGCAGAUUUUGUGGAUUAAUAUCAUAAUGGAUGGACCUCCAGCACAAAGCUUGGGAGUAGAACCUGUAGAUAAGGAUGUUAUCCGAAAGCCUCCUAGAAAUGUGAAAGACAGCAUUAUCACCAAGAACCUGCUGGUGAAAAUCCUGGUGUCCUCGCUGAUCAUCGUGUGCGGGACUCUCUUUGUUUUCUGGAGAGAGCUGCGUGAUAAUGUGAUCACUCCCAGAGACACGACGAUGACCUUCACGUGCUUCGUGUUCUUUGACAUGUUCAAUGCGCUGAGCUCAAGGUCACAGACGAAGUUCGUCUAUGAGAUCGGCUUGUGCAGCAACAGGAUGUUCUGUUACGCGGUCCUGGGAUCCAUAAUGGGACAGCUGCUCGUCAUUUACUUCCCACCCCUGCAGAAGGUUUUCCAGACAGAGAGCCUCAGCAUAUUUGACUUAAUUUUCUUACUCGGACUAACGUCCUCUGUGUGCAUCGUGUCUGAGGCCAUAAAGAAGAUCGAGAGAGGCAGAGAACGAAACCAGAAGCCUGAAGCCUUCUUCCAUGAAGUAUGAUGCAUAUUGUGUCUUUGAUAAAGGAACAGGCAAUGUCUACAGACAUAUACGGACUGGAAAUGACUUGCAGCAGGUUCUAUUGCCAUUAAGGGUUUUUAUUUAAUUUUGUUUUUUGUUUUUUUCCAAUAAUAAAUCUGCAGGGAAGGCACUAGCUAAACUACAGGAACUGUAGUGGCGACAUAUUUCCCUUUAAGAUUUGGUGUGCUGCUUCAAGACUGUACAACCUUUCAGAGUAUCUGAAAGCCCUUAUUUAUAAAAUUACUGUUUGGGUGUCAGUUUUAUUUUAAAGGUGUUUUAUUCUUUCAGAAAACCAGAUGGAUUUUGUUUUGUGAAACGGCAAAGAUGUUACAUUCAGGCAUUCCAGCUGAUCUCGUUGCAGCUCAAGGUCUUUUUUGCUACAUUAUUAAACUCACAAUAAGAAUAAGUAUUGUGGAAAUACUUUGUGCUUUCAUCUUGUAUGCAAACUUUGGAGGAGGUGACCACUAUUAAACCAUGUAUUUUGUGAACAAAGAACCUUUUUAUAAAACACAAACAUUUUCUGUUUGUCUUUAUAUUGAGUACGUGUGAUAGCAUGGCCAAGUGCUGGAUUUGUAUGUAUACCUGGAUCUAUUAAAGUAUUUGUUUUGGGUAAGAAUCGGGAACAAAGUAAUUACUCUUGUGUUCAGUUCUCAGAUGUUAUCUGUUUGAAUGAUUUCUCUUUAAAUUUAUACCCUUUCUGGAUAAUGAAAUUUUCAUUAUAAGUGAGCAUAUAGGGCACUUAAUUUUUUUUAAAUCGCACCACACUGAACAAAACAGUAACUGUUACAGAAGGUACAACAAUGGAUGGUAUUUGAAUUUAUAAAUGUUUUAUACUACAGCACCAUUAAUAACUUUUAUAUCUAUGGGAUCUAUGUCCAUUUGCUUGAUUUGUAGUGUCUCGUGUUUGAGAAAGACUGGAUAUAAAAAUUGCUUUUAAAAUUUUGUCGAACCUUCUCACGUUACGUGUUUCACACAUACAUAAUGGGCUUCAGACGUACAUAGGGCGUAUAUUCAUCUUGGCCAACUGGGCCCAUGAAGUGUUUUCCUGGAAAUGAGCACCAAGCCUUAUGGACUCACUGUAGUAAAGCAUUUUUUACUUCCCUUUUCACAUAGAUCUUUGAUUUGCAGCUCAGGCUUUUCCCUGGUCAGAUUAAUUCACUGGUCUCACUUGUGCUGCUCUGCUCUUUAAACGGAUAAAAGCAGUGACUUGAGUGUGCUUUGUUUAAUGUGUGUACAGCUGACACCUCAUUCUGUUGACAAUGUAUGAAAUUAAUCCUGUAUAUUAAAAUUUUUAUAAACCUUUU